UCUAUUUCCCUCCGACAGGCGCCGCUGGCUCCUCCCCUUUAAGGAGCCGGGGCGGGGCCGCGCUUGCUGCAGGAACCUGCCCUUUAACAGCGCUCUCUUUUCCUCGCUGGUGCCGCUGCCGAAAGCCAGCUCGCCAGUCCCCGCCGGCCCCCGGAGGAGCCUCGGCCUCGCCAUGGUGUCCUGGAUCAUCUCCCGGCUGGUGGUGUAAGCGCGCGGCGGCGGCGGCGGCGGGAGGAGGGGGACGACAGCGACGGGGAGGCCCUCCUCGCCCGUUGCUAGGCAACGGGGGAAGAAGAUGGGGACGGGGGUCGUCUGGACGGGCGGCUCUCCCGAAUCCCACCCCGUCCGGUGGUGCCCACUGCGCCCAGCCCUCUUCUGGGCUCCUCCGCUCCUCCGCCUCUCGGGGGCUCCUGAGGCGGACGCCCCCCCCCCUGCCCCUGCUGCCACCCCGCCCAGCUUAGCCCUGACCCUGACAGGUGACAGGAGCGAGCCCAGGGGCGUCGCCUGGACACCGCGGGGCUCCCCCCCCCCCGCUUAUUAAGCUGCUGUCCGUUUAACGGCCCCUGGGCGCCACCACCUGAGGGCUGCAGGUAGGACGCCCAGCGCCUCUGACGAUCUGCCAGCCUUGCAGCCGCUGCGCUAGGCCUGCUCUGCGCUGGCAGUGGAAGGGGGGAAGAGGGUGGAUGGGCGAGCUAGCAAGGACCGGGGAUUCUCCGGCCUGGAACCGACUCUAAGCUGAAUGAAUAAUCCCAUGAGGUUUUUCUUCUUCCUUUCUCUUUUCUGUUUAAAUAAUGAUAAUAAUAAUAACAACCUCUUGUUCCAGGCUGGUUUUCGGCACCUUGUACCCAGCAUACUCCUCUUACAAAGCUGUGAAGACGAAAAAUGUGAAGGAAUAUGUAAGUGUGAGGCAAUUAACCAUACGCUUGGUUUAACAUCAACCCUUACUGUAGCUUGUCUCCCAGUGGUGUGAAGAUACUAGCGACAUAGCUUGUUCAAGCAGGAAAUUGGAAUUCUACUGCAAAACGAUGCUACAGUCCAUGUCACCCGUGUUACACAACACUGAAUAGUUCAUCUGAGCAUUUUCUGCCUUAUUUGAGUAAAGAAUGGUGGAAUAGAGCUGAAAUACCCAUUCUUCUCAGUUUCGGUUUUAAAAUUACAUUAUAGACCCAUUUAAACACCAAGUGACAGAAACUUCAAAUGUGAAAAUUCCUGAGGUGUCUUCACAAUUGACUUAAAUACUUUUUUUAGCACCUACAUAUCUGUGAUGUCUCUUCACCACAGCUCCAACUAAUUUGCAUUACCUCUUUGCUUUUUUCUGCAGUAAAGGUUACAGCUAGUGCAGCCCGCUUGCCUAGUCUGUAGCAUGUGCUUCAUAAAUGGCAAAAUCCACUUUCUGCAUGGCUUUUAGUCAAUUUAAAUCAGAUGGUUGCACAUUUUGGCACAUUAAAAACUAUGCUCCUAUCACUUGCGUGUUUGCACAAAGUGUGAAAAGUGUCAUUUUAGUGUCAUUUGUGAAAAUGCAAGUGUUUCUUUUUGUUGCCACUUUCUAUUUGCUGCAGGUUUCCCUGACACUGCUGUCUAUAAUACUGUGGCAUUUUCAAGAGUAAUACUAAGAAUUCUUCUUAGUAUGGGUUGUGCUUCUUCUGAAAGUUGUUGUACAACUGAAAGCAGCAAAGGCAUUUUAAAUCCAGAAUGGAUUAUUUGUUUUUAAAACGUAGGCCCAUCCUUUUAAAACGUGGGACCAAAGACCAUCCUUACCCAUUACUUGUGAAAAUCCUAGCAUAGUGAAUUUAGGAUACAGUGCAGCUCAAGCAAAAUGAUGUAUGUAUGUAUAGUUGUUAAAUGGGCAAGAUAUAUAUAGUUGAAAAGAAUUUGAGAGGGAGUGAAUUUAGUUCAAGGGGCAAUGCUGCUUCAUUUACUUAUUUACCACAUUUUGUUGCUCUGUGAUUCAAUUAUGAAAUGAAGAAAAUUUAUUUUUUAACUUCUAUGACUUUAUUACAAAAGUUCAGUUGUGGAGAAAUUAACAUAUUGAUUGCAUUUGAAAAUGCAUACUGGGAAUGCUUCUGAAGCAGUUUAAGAAAGAAAACCCCUCUUUGGUUUGGGUUCCAGUUUUGCAGAAUAUUUGAGUUAGAUGGCUUUUUAAAAGCAUUAGACAAAUUCCUGAAGGAAAAUGAAUCAGUGGCUAUUAGCAAAUGUACCGUGGUGGGGGCCAAGGGGUCUUCAGCCCCCCAGUUUUUCAAAGAGGGGGCUGGACUCCCCCCAAAUCCAGUGGCCUGCUCUGCCACCUCCACCCCACCUAUGUCGUGAAACCCUGCUGAUGUCAUGUGGGGAUGAGGAGGCUGAGCGGUGAGCCUGGCGGCCCCACUCUGCCGCCUCCUCCCUGACCAAUGUUGUGCAGGGAGGAGGAGGCCAACCACGUUCCCCAUUCCCCACCCGGCACACAAGCGACGGCAUCACAGUGGGCGGGACACGUCACAUGCCAUGUAACAUGAUGCCUCACAUGAUGCACCUCCGCAAUGUGGGGGGCAAGUGAGUGCCCUUGGCUGUUAGCCAUGAUAACUAAAUGGAACAUUCAUGUGUCUGAAUAUCAGUUGCUUGGAAUCAAAUGACAUAGAAGGACUAUUGCCUUCAUGCGCUGUUUGUGGGCCUUCCAGUAGCACAUGGCAGAACAUUGUUAGAAAUGGGGUACUAGACUAGAAUGGAGACUGUCGGAUCCAGCAACUUAUGUUUGCUCCACCACUUUGGCAAAAAAGGGAGGUUUAACAUAAGCCUUCUGUUUCAGAGAUCCAUGGUGAGAUUCUUCAGCAGAGAUCUCACUAUUGAUUGUUUUAAUGUAGCAGAUAUUACAGAAUCCCAUAGUGAGCAUAGCAUAUAGGCUUUGUAACCUUUCUCUACUUCUUACAACUCCUUGCCUGCCUGCCUCCAUGGAGUGUGCCAAGCGAGCGAUGGCCAAACAGUCAUUCAGCAAGAGGGCCUGGGACACGGCAGCAAGGCCAGCCUGGGCUCUGGGGCCCAGAAACCCCAAUGGGGCUUUUAUUAGUCAGGGAGGGCAAAAGUUGAACAUACAUGUGGUAUGCCUCACUCCUCCAAGAAUUCUUCCCGCCUCCAUGGAUUGCAGAUGUAUCCAAAAUAACUGGAGGUGUGAAAGAUACAUCUGGCUGUGCCCUCACUAUGAUACCCAAUUUGGAAUGGAUGUGAGUAGUUUUUUUCUGUGAAGUGUUUAGUGAACAGGUCACAGUGAAUUACUUGAGUGGUCCUCCCCCACCUUUAAGGCCAAACAUUGAUCACUUCUAGUUUCAUUGGACAACUGAGUAGAUUCAAUGGUGGCAGAAAAGUCUGACUUAUUUGCUGCCAUCACCACCAGGGUGAUGAAAGUGAGCUCUAGCCUGUGUGAUCACAUUUGUCACAAGUCUCCCGCUAUCGUCAUUCCAGUUGUUGCCAAUGUUGUUUCAUUGCCUUAAGUUUCCCAGACCCAUUAGGGAGAAAAUUUGGCUCUCUUCUGCUUUCCAUGAUUCAUGCACAGUGAUGAUACAAGUUCAGGGAUUCAAACAGCCUUGGUCACAAAUAAAGAAUGUUUGUUGUAACUAUUAUUUUAAGUUGACAGCCCUUCCCCAACCACUACUAAAUCCCAGUCUCCCUUGCUCACCCCUGUUCAAGACUGCAUGGUCAGUUAUUGAGGGGCUACAUGGAGAGCAAAGAGUCUUGGCCAUUGUCCUGCAUGAAUUGUGUGUACCCUAAAAUACCCCAUCACUUCUGUGUAGCUGUGCACUGAAAGGCAAAUUUGUUAACAGCAAACAAGCUGUUUUUUUACUUUGUCUGCCAUUACUGAUCAUUUUGUUGAGGAACUUCUGAUAAUAUGAGGAACACAAUUCGAAGGAAAGUACUUUAAAAUAGCAGCUAUACUUGGAUUUGGUGUCUCUGGCAUUAGUUGGUAUUAGCUGAAAAUACAUGUUAGUGUCAGUGGGAAAAAGCUGUUUGGAUAUCCUCAAGCUUUAGUAAGAAUAAAACAAGAGCAUCAAAAAAUAUUUUUCAAAAGAUUAGUAAUAGGGAUGCCAAAUGUCUGGGCUUUACUGGACACAUCUGGGAAUUGCUCAGAAAAAUGGCAUCCAGGCAUAUUUUUGCUGAAUUAGCAAAAUGUUGGGGAAAACCUGGACGUAUGGUAAAUUUUGGCUGUUUUUAUUUUUUAAAAUGUUCCUAUAAAAGGCUCAACAACUCGGUCUGGAUUUUCACUUUGGGGAAUAUGGCAUGGGCAACCCUUAUUAAUAAAGGGUAGACGGUAUGAAAUCUAAAAAGAAAUAUUGUUCAUAACCAUAAUACAGAGUGAAGUGGCUAAAAAUGGACACUUUCAGAUUUCAUCGUACUAUAGAAGUGCGAGUCACCCAGGUAUUUGGAAGGAAUUGCAAGUUCAAAGUUACUGUUUUAAGAACAAGCUGCUUUUCAGGAGCUGCUUCUAGCCAUAUGUUGAAAGCCAACACCAAUUUCAGUGGCAAUAUUUUUUUACAUAAUGCCUUGUAGUUAAGGAACAGCAGGGGGAGCUAGCUUCUCUUUCUAGUGUGGAACACACUCGUUAAAUUGUUCAGACAAAGAUGAGGGCAUAAUCUUGGCUACCAAAAUAUUCGUACGAGUAUUAAACUUUACUGUUGCAAAAUUGACAUGCUGUGAUAAAGGUCAACUCCUCCUUUUUGGUGUGGGGAUACAUUGCAUUGUUUAUACUAUUAUCCUGGUAAUCUGCUUUGAUAUUGGUAGUCCAUCUUAUAAUUAGGUGGUUCUGGACACCCCCAACUUUUUUUGCUGAGGAUUGUUGAUUUGUGGGUAGCAACAUUAUUUACUCAUAAAAUGUAUCUCUCAGUUUCCUGUGCUGUCUCUUAUCCUGGAAAUGGUUAAGACUUCCUAGUGAAGAUCAGCACAACCAAAGCAGGAGAACAAGGGAUAGUAAAAUCAGACAUGAAAGACUGCCCCAGGUCACACAUUGUGGUAAACUAUAGUUAAUAAUUUACCAUGAACAUGCCAAGCAGGACUGUUUUGCUCCUCCUGGCACAUGUUUGGAGGAAACAAACAAUUAUAUUUAGAUGAAUGUUUAAUCAUAGUUUGUUCUAUUCUAUUAAACCAUGAUCAGUAAGCCAUGAUCAAACCUUAAUUACAAACUGUGGCUUGUUGGAGUUAAACAAGGCACAAUGUAUGAUUCAGACGCAAUGGAAAGCUAGGAGUUGUUGUUUGUUUCUUGCUUGCAUGAGUCAAGAAGAGUGAAGUAGGAGUAAUACAAUUCUGCAUGAUAAGCCAUCACCAUGAUGUGCAAACAAGGUCUCUAUUCUCAAGCACCAGUUGUAAAUAGGAUGUGCAAGGUUUUAAAUCCUUUGUGAGGUUAGCACAAUCUGGUAAAGAGAGAUGGUUGUUCAGAAUCUGUUACAACUGCCCAGGUUCCUUGAUGGCGUCAGUGUAGAUGUUAGAGGAGAAAUGUGCAUUACACUGUGAACAGGACUAUUGAACUAUGUAUAUCUUAGAUCUGCACAAAUUGUUCACGAAAGUGCAAAAAUUCCAAGUCAUUUGAAUUGACAAAAAGGCUGUACACAUGGCCAAGUAAUGAUAAGACUUAAGUGUAGUGAAAAGCUAUAGGUGUCUGAAAAUUAUUGGCGGGCGAACCUUAAAGCAGAAUUCUUGUUUUUGGAACUUUCCUUGAUGUCUCUGCUACUAGACACUGUUGAAGAGAGAGACCAACUGUUUGAAACCCAGAAUUGCUGACAUUUGGACAUGGGUAUAAUUAUAAUGAACUGCUUCAAAAUCACAAGAUUUGGCAUCAGUCAGGAAUUUGUUUUAAGUAGGUUGCAGCUUUCAAAUGAUAUGUAAUGGUGCUGGCUGUCUUGCAGGUCAAAUGGAUGAUGUAUUGGAUUGUGUUUGCUUUCUUCACCACAGCAGAGACACUCACAGACAUCAUUCUCUCUUGGUAAGUACCCUGCCACACUUAGGAAGUAAGCGGGGGGAGUACUGGAUACUUCGAUUAUUUUUCAGUUAUCCAUCUAGAAUUGGCUGCUGUGAGGCAAUUUGGGAAGGUAUUCAGCUUCCCUGUAGUUAUGCUGUUCUUGAGAAAAACAAACAUGGUGUUGUUCAGGUUUAUUAUUUGAAUGUUCUAUAGUAAACCAUAUACACAAUGACUGAAAGUUGUGUUGUUGGCAAAAAUGUGUAGUUGUUCUGCUUGUCCUCCCAACCUAGAAAAAAAAGAUAUAGGGUCUUCUAGAGCAGGGGUCAGCAGUCUAAGGCCCAUGGGAUGGUAACGGCCCACGAGGCUUGUCUAACCAGCCCAUGGCGACCCCUGCCUUCCCCCCCCCCUUACUGGCGUGGUGUGGCGCGGGGACCGACUUCCGGGUUGAUGGCACCUAUGCGCAUGGGUGCUCCUCCGACCCAGAUGUGCACCGGAAAUAGCAUGUUCACACACGUGUGGGAUGGAGAAGCGCCCAUGCGCAUGCACACACACUAUUUCCAGCGCACUUCUGGGUUGGAGGAGCACCGGAAAUAGCGUGUGCGCACAUGCACUGCUCCGACCCGGAAGAGCGCACAUGCUUUGGCUCAUCCUCCGACGGAUGGAGUGUCGACUGGCCCAUCCUCCAAUUAAGGUUGCCAACCUCUGUUCUAGAGAGCAAAAAAUGAAUGAAGAAUGGGAUUCUAGUUUUACGAAUCUGGUUUGUGGAGUGUGAGGGAGAAGCUGAAACCUAAUGGAAACUACAGGGAUAGUUGUAGAGUAAUCUUUGAAUAUUGUGAUUCUAGUUCUGAUUAAGUGUUAGGUUCUGACACUAUUGCAUGUCUUGUGCUUUGCUAACAAAUUUCCAAAGAUUUGUUCUCAACAAUGUAAAUCCCUGUUAGGCAAACAUUGAGCUGUAUUGUGCUGACUUACUUGUCCUGACUAGUACUGAGGACAGAGAAGAUGUCCUAAUCCUGCAGUAUCUGUGUUCAAAACUCCUAGCUGCCACUUUGUCCAGAAGUCUAAAAUGAAGGGGGUAAUUGCUGGGUUGGAAAUAUCAGUCAUUCCCAGGCAGAGGGCCAGUCCUGAUGGAACAUCCCAGUGUUACUCUCUUCCCAAUGCCUCUCUUCACAAAUACUUGAGUAGUGCAACUCCUGGGACAUAACUCUGUUUACAGGGUUGAGGAUAACUUUGGAUAGGGACUUAUCAAGGCUAUGGCGAAAACUUAAAAAGAGACUUCAAGAAGAUACAUCCAGUAAAGGGUAUGUGUGGCCUGUUCAAUAGCUGGCCUUGUCAUGUUGAUUCUGUUCAAUCUGUAGCUUCUCUCUUCUUCCUUCUGCUUAUCUCAUCUUUGCUGCUCUCUAGACUGUCAGUCUUUGUUCAUCUCUAACCUGAGCCUGAUUCUAGCUUUUCCAUUUCUCUCAGGUUUCCCUUUUAUUUCGAGCUGAAAAUCGCAUUUGUGAUCUGGCUGCUCUCUCCUUACACCAAGGGCUCCAGCGUGCUCUACAGGAAGUUUGUUCACCCAACGCUCUCCAAUAAGGAGAAGGUACUUCCUUCAGAUUGCCCUACAUAUAAAUCCUGGAAGUUUAGUGACAUGAGAUCAUGAUAGAUUGCAGAAAAGAUACUGGUAUUAGCUCUGUCUGUGCUUGAUAUUAAUCAUGCUUAUGCCUGCUCAUAAUAGAUGUGUGGCAGCUGCUGCUUUUACAGAGCACUAGUGAACUUUACAGAGAACUAGUGAACACUAGUGGGACGCGGGUGGCGCUGUGGGUAAAACCUCAGCGCCUAGGGCUUGCCGAUCGCAUGGUCGGCGGUUCGAAUCCCCGCGGCGGGGUGAGCUCCCGUCUUUCGGUCCCAGCUCCUGCCCACCUAGCAGUUCGAAAGCACCCCUAAGUGCAAGUAGAUAAAUAGGUAUCGCUUUAUAGCGGGAAGGUAAACGGCGUUCCGUGUGCUGCGCUGGUGCUGGCUCACCAGAGCAGCUUCGUCACGCUGGCCACGUGACCCGGAAGUGUCUCCAGACAGCGCUGGCCCCCGGCCUCUUAAGUGAGAUGGGCGCACAACCCUAGAGUCGGACACGACUGGCCCGUACGGGCAGGGGUACCUUUACCUUUACCUUUAGUGAACUCCUAGUUUGUAACCUGAUGAGAAUUUGUUAGCUCUAACCUGAAUAACGUAGCUUUAGAGUAGCGUUCAUGGCUCCUAACUGUGAGCCAAAGGGUCAUGCAUGGAGAGUUUGAGGGACUUUUUGGAACAACCAUUUGUUGCAGGGCAGGGGGCUAUAACCAGAAGAGAAACUACAAACUUUUUCUGUGUGUCCAGAACUGCAGUCCAUUCAUGCAUGAGGCAAUUUGGAUUCUAGCCAAUGUUUUCAGCAUUUGCUGCUGUAUUAAUUGAUCCUUUAUUAAUUUUGGGGACCUUUACUCUUUGUAGUCUACACUGUGAUUAGUGGUAGAUGCAUAAUUACUCUCCUUCAUCUCAUGUAGUUAUAGCACAGGGCAAAGUAUAGACAUGGUCAUUCAUUUAGUUUGAGCCUGCAGAUAAGGGUGACAGUCUCCAUCCACAUGUAAAUGCCUUAUGCAUUUUUACCUUAGGACAAAAAAUUUUUGAGUAAUAUUUCAGCCUUCUGGGAGUAGCAUUCACUGGAAUAUUGAAAUUCCUUCCUUUCAACCACUAUAUGUUAGUGCUGGGCAACACUUUGGGAGACUCAGAGCACUUGCUAUAUGAUCCAUUCUGCUGUGCUAUCUAAUAUGUAAUGCUUUCCUGGAUUUCUGGAUUUUAUAGUUGGCUUCAUGAUGUUGGUGCAAGAAGGGGUUAGGAUUUCAGGCAGAAGUGUCUCAAGAUUCAGAAAAAUUAUGGAUACAUGGUCAUAAUGCUAAAAAAGAAGAAUGUACUGCACAAGGAAACAAGUUCCAUGUGCAGCUUUAAAUCACAUGAACUAUAUUUAAUCCUUUCUCUGCUAAUCCCUCAGUGUUGCAAAAGAGAGCUAGGCAGUCCCUAGGAAUUAACAGGCCAAAGGCUGGCUGGCUCUGUCUGAGGACUGCUUCUUACCAUAUUUUUUGUAACAAUAUUAGUAUAUCUGCCUUGUGUCAGUUAUGAUAGCACAUGUAUGUUUAAAUGAUGACUGUUAUUCACAAAAUAAACAGGUCUGAUAAUUGUGAAAUGAUUAAGCUAAGCUAAUUCUCCCUGUAUUUGAUAGGGAUCCCAUGGAUCCAUGAAAGGCAAAGGUAUACUAACACAAACAUUCUCCCAGUCUGCAUUUCUUGAAAAGCACUGUACACCUCUACGCUUUUUUGGGGGGGAGCACAAAGCAUUAUAUUCAAUCACAAUGUCUUUAUGCAUACAUUUAGUUAAGCUUCCUCUAGCACUGACUGACUUCUCAGACUGGUGCUGCUUUUUCAUGCUGCUUCACAUUCCUUCUUGAAAUUCAGACUUCUGUAUUUCUAAAGAGAUCCAGAGCAUGAGCAUAGCAGGAUUUCAAAGUUUUAUAUUUUUAACUAAACGUUAAAUCUGUUCCAAGCAUGGGACUGACUAGGACAGUCAGUAUCAGACAUUGGAAGAUGUGGAUAUGGUGAAUUUCCCACUAAAUAACACUAGUUUGCACCCAUAAGGACAUUAGAAGAGCCUGCUGGAUCAGGCCAAUGGGCCAUCUAGUCUAGCAUCCUGUUCUCAUAGUGACUAACAAGAUGUCUGUGGGAAACUGAAGCAGGGGCUGAAGAAAAGAGCACUCUCGCCUCUUGGAGUUUCCAGCAACUUGAUGUUAGAAGCAUUGCUGCCUCUAACUGGAGGCAGAGCAUAGCCAUCAUGGCUAGUAGACAUUGUUAACUUUAUCCUCCAUAAAUUUAAAAGCCACUCAACUUGGUGGCCAUCGCUGCCUGCAGUGGGAGCGAGUUACAUGGUUUCACUAGGCACUGUGUGAAUUAGUACUUUCUUUUACAGUGGUGCCUCGCAAGACGAAAUUAAUCCGUUCCGCGAGAGUCUUCGUCUAGCGGUUUUUUCGUCUUGCGAAGCAAGCCCAUUGACGGAUUAGCGCUAUUAGCGCUAUUAGCGGUUUAGCGGCUAUUAAAGGCUUAAAGGCUUAGGGAUUAGCUGCUAAAAGGCUAUUAAAGGCUAUUAAAGGCUUAGCAGAUUAGAUAAAGGGGGAAAAGCGAAAAAAAUCUCAAGACUCGCAAGGUAUUUUCGUCUUGCGAAGCAAGCCCAUAGGGGAAUUCGUCCUGCGAAGCAACUUCAAAACGGAAAACCCUUUCGUCUAGCGGUUUUUCCGUCUUGCGAGGCAUUCGUCUUGCGGGGCACCACUGUAUCUGUCCUGAAUCUUCCAGCAUUCAGCUUCACUGGAUAUGAGUUCUAGUGUUAUGAAAGAGGGGGAAAACUUUUCUCUAGCCACUUUCUCUAUGGCAUGCAUAACUUUAAAUUUCUAUUGCGUCACCUCUUUCUUGCCUUUUCUCGAAACUAAAAGUUCCAAAAGCUGCAACCUUUGUUUCUCUUUCCCCUUGGUCAUCCACCUGCUGGAGUCAACAAUGACUUUUGCACUUGGCUUGCUAGGUCAUCAUAGUUGUGAUACAGAAUGCAAAAUCAAGAAAGGAUUCAAUUGCUGAGUGUGGAAUACCACGAGUGGAUAUUUUUGUCAUGUGUGUCUGAAGUGUGGGAGGUCUUCUAGUAGAAGAGAUUUAAGAAAAUUGACCCCAGGAAGUAGCUUUCUUUCCGUGGCAAAGUUUUGGUAUAUGUGUAAUUUGUUUUCUCCUUGAUGCUGCUAAUGUUGAGGAAGAUUGAAAUUGGCACAACGCUGAAUUUGGCACAAUGAAACACAAUACAACAAUUACAUGAGCCUUGAUGUUCAUUUCUCAUUUAAGAACCAAGGGUACAUGCUUUCCAUUUUUCUCCUGGGGAUCAGAUUUCACAAUAGCAGGACACAGUGUUUUUUUUGCUGUGAAGAACCUGUGUCUCUUCUCUUGAGUGGCUAAUCAUUCAAGUUCUCACUGGAUAUUAGUAUGCUCUUGUGCUCUAAAAAAAAGGAGUACGAGCCAAAAGGUCAUGGUAUACUGCAUUGGCCUGAACAUAAGCCACACUUUCCCCCCAAAUUCCAACAGUGAAAAGUUAAAGUGCGGCUUAUUUUCGUGACCUCAGGCUGCCAGCAAAGCGGUGCGGCUCCCCCCAGGAAGGGGCCCAGGUAUUGUCUCUCCCCCCCCCCCAUUUUAAAGGUGCGGCUUAUUUGCGGGUGCGGCUUAUAUUCAGGCCAAUACAGUAUCUGUAUUCUGAUAAAUAGGAGAGGUCACACUCUCAAUACUUCUAACAAACUGAUGAGGGUCUUGAUUCCACUCAGUCUUGGAAGAGAUCCCCCCACUGUUGUUAAAACUAAGAAUAAUGGUCCUGAAAUUUCUCUUAUAGUUAAUUGGUUAAUCUUUCAUAAAAUUUGGCUAUUUUAGGAUCAUACUAGACAUGACAAGUGCAGCUAUUUUUGCUUAUUGACCUGCUAGCUAUGUUUAUGCCUACAGGUGAACAGUGAGUUCCAAAGUCCAUACAAUUCAAUUGUUUCUGCAGAUAGAGUGAUUUGAUAGCAGCCACCUUUAACAAUAACCAGUCCAUGCAUUUAGAGUCUAUCAGGGCUACAUUCUCUCCAGGUUGGAUAGACAAAACAUUCUCUCCAUUUCAAUAGACUAAAAUGCAAAUCAAUCAGUGACAAAAUUUUCACCAGACUCAUAAUCCAGAUGAGUUUAGCCUAGCCUCUGAUGUGUGUAAGUCAUUGAACCAGUGGUGUAAGAAUUUUUUCAUGUGUGUGUUUUUGGAAUGACAGUGGAGGAAAAAAUUUCCAUUUCAUAAGGUGAUUAAUAUCAGUGAAUAGUAUUAGACAGACUUAGAAGUUUCCAAGUUUUUAGCUUUGUUUACUAAAUGCAUAUAAAAUAAACAUGGUAAAUUAGAUAAAUUUUCUGUAUGUCCUAGAAAAUUUCCAGUGCAAACAAAGUUUUCUAUUGCUAAUUACCCAAAAUUGCAUAGGAAAUUUUCCAAAAAGCUUUCCAGAAAAAAAAAUCCAGAAAUGUCCUAUUUAACAUUUACUGGAAGUCAACAUGUUGACAUUGAUGUUGACAUUGAAGCCAACAUUUACUGUUAUGUCAUUGUGAUGGGAUGAUGAGCUGCUUGUGCGUAAAAUCGUAUCCCCUCAGAGUUUGUUCAAGUCCACAAACCUCUGUCUGUGACGGAGCCCCUCAGACAUGGCUCCUCUAGUCACUAGUUGAUUCCGACAGUGGUUGCUUUCGUAAUCGCUUCCAACAUAAAAGCUCCUUAACGGAAACACGUCUUCUGGACUCUCUGCGUGACAGUUUCCGGCGAGGAGUGGGUGUUCUUACAGGAGGUCCUGAAACCUCCCCACUGUUUUCGCUGGAAGUGUCUCUGAGCCAUCCCUCCAGCUCACUUUCUCUCCCCCUGCUGGUUCCCUCUUCAGCUGCUGAGUCUCUCCCAACCUGUGUGAGCCCUUUCACCCCCCUGCUGGUUCCCUCUUCAGCUGCUGAGUCUCUCCCAACCUGUGUGAGCCCUUUCACCUCCCUUCCGUCCGAUGGCAGUUCCCUGACAUCCACCUCCCCUCCAGGGCCCCCGUCACCCCCUCUCGCCCCCUCCUCUACGGGCGGUGAGGAGGCAAAACCCCGGAAUGAACUUCCUUCAUCUUCCGAUGUCUCGAACACUUCUCUCCACCUGUUGCGGUUCCUGGUCUCGAAGUACUCCUCCUCCUCAGAGUCCAUCUCCCUUCCCCUUCCGAGUCCGGGAAUCCUUCCAACUCCUCCCCUCAUCAGUGGUCCCAAAGUAUUCCCUCCGGAACCUCUCCACAGGCUGAGGUUUCCUUGGGAACCUUUGAUGGAACGUUUCUAUCAAUACCUCGUCAUUGAUAUCUUCGGCCAUUACCCAAGUGUUUUCUGACUCCGGUUCUCCUUCCCACGCUACCAAAUACUCCACCUGAUCCCCCUUCCACCUGGCGUCGAGGAUUUCUGCCACAUGGCUGCUGCAUUCUCUUUCUUCUAUGACCGGUCCCCGAGUGGCCAUCCCUUCUCGUCCCCUUCGUACGGUGACAGUAACGACCUGUGAAAUACUGGGUGCAGUUUCAUGUGGUUGGGUAACCGGAGCCUGAAAGCCACUGGGUUGACCUGUUGAAUGACCUCAAAGGGACCCAACCUCCUGGGUCUUAAUUUCUUACAACCUCCUUUGAACGGCAACCCUUGGGUUGACAACCACACCCUAUCUCCCACCCUUAUGGUUUCACCUUCCCUUCGAUUCUUGUCUGCCUGCCUCUUGUAUUCUUCCUUCGCCCUUUCUAAGUUGAGUUGGAGCUGACGAUGGAUUGCUUCCAUUUCUUCCACAAAAUGCUCGGCUGCCGGGACGCCCCAUCUCUCCCCAUCUCCCCCUGGGAAAGCCCUGGGAUGACACCCAUAAUUAGCCAAGAAGGGGCUCAUCCCUGUGGACACAUUCUCGGCAUUGUUGUAGGCAAAUUCCGCCAGCGCCAACUUUUCUACCCAGUCAUUCUCUCUGUCAUUGACAUAACACCUCAGGUAUUGCUGGAGGACACCGUUUGCUCUUUCCGCCUGCCCGUUGGUUUCAGGGUGCCGGGCAGUCGAAAAAUUGACCUCCACCUGCAGUAAGCUCAUGAGCUUCCUCCAGAACCUGGAAGUAAAUUGUUUUCCUCGGUCUGAGACCACCCUCAAUGGCACCCCGUGCAACCUAAAAAUGUGUUCUACAAAUAACUUCGCUGUCUCUUCCGCCGUGACUGCAUGCGAGCAAGCUACAAAGUGGCACAUCUUUGUUAGUAGGUCUACCACCACCAUGAUGGCUGUUUUCCCUUUGGACUUCGGCAGAUCAGUCAUAAAAUCUAUCGACACUGCCUCCCAAGGUCGUUCUGGGGUUGGUAAGGGUUCUAAUAGCCCCGCCGGCGCCCGCCUUUCCCCUUUGGCUCGCUGGCAUUGCUCGCACCCUCUUACAUACUCACGUACAUCUUCCCUCACCUUAGGCCACCAAAAUUCCCUGGUGACCAACCACAUGGUUUUGUGUUGUCCAAAAUGCCCCGCCGUAGGGCUGUCGUGCAACUGCUUGAGUACCCUCCCCUUAAGUCUCCUUCAGGGAUAUACAGUGCCCCUUUGUAAUACAAAGCUCCAUUUCUUUCCUCGAAACCCCUGGUUCCUCUCCCUCACCCCUAAGACCUCUGAGCUUAUUCUGGGCGUAUUCAUCAUUCUCUGUUUCCUCUACCAGUUCUCUUUGUCCCACCAAUGCCGCCCCACACACCCAGCGGUCCUCUGGAAUGACAUGUCUCUCUUCGGGUGCUCCCUCCUCCAAAUAUUCAGGUUUGCGUGAGAGAGCGUCCGCCCUAAUGUUCUCUGGGCCUGGCACGUAACAAAUCUCAAAGUUAAAUUUGGAGAACUCCUGAGCCCAUCUCACUUGCCGUUGGUUGAGCACUCGUGCCGUCCUCCAAUACUCUAGGUUCUUGUGGUCAGUGCACACUUGCACCUUAUGUUGUGCGCCAAUUAGCAGAUGCCUCCAUCUCCGGAACGCCUCAUGAAUGGCUAGUAGUUCUCGGUCAUACACCGUGUAGUUCCUCUCGGAUUUGUUCAGCUUUCGCGAAAAAAAAGGCACACGGUCUCCACUCUGACUCCUUCUUCCCUGGCUGCAGAAGCACCGCCCCAAUCGCUCUGUCUGAUGCGUCAGUUUCCACUCUCAUCGGUUUUUGUAAAUCCACAUGCAGGAGUUGUUGUUCCGAGGCGAAGGCCCUUUUAGUUCCUCAAAUGCUCGCUCCGCCUCCUCAGUCCAAACGAACUUCUUCUUACUGCUGAGACAGUCCGUAAUGGGCGCCGUCAGGUGGGCAAAGUUUCGGAUGAACUUACGAUAGAAGUUCCCAAAUCCUAGGAACCUCUGCACAUCCUUCCUUGUUUUGGGUGUUUUCCAUUCCAGCACCGCCUGGACCUUGCCGGGAUCCAUGGCCAAUCCCUUGUCUGACAGGCGAUACCCCAGGAAUUCCACCUCCUUGGUAUGAAACUGACACUUCUCCAGUUUCACCCACAGCUGGUUGGCUUGCAGCCUGCUCAACACUUCUCUGACGUCUCUCACAUGCUGCUCCUCAUUCUCAGAAUACACCAACACGUCGUCUAAAAAGGCCCCAGGACGUGGUUCAUAAACGAUUGAAAUGUUGCGGAGCCUGCUUGUAGGCCGAAGGGCAUAACCAAAUAUUCAAAUGCCCCUAAAGGGGUGAACAUAGUGGUUUUCCAUUCAUCCCCUUCCUUAUUCGUACCAGGUUGUACGCCCCCCUUAGGUCCAGCUUUGUGAAAAUCUUUCCCUUCCGCACCCUUGUCAAAAUGUCGUCAAUCCUGGGCAUAGGGAAGGCCACUGGUUCUGACACUGCAUUUAAGGCCCUGAAGUCACACACCAGCCUCGGCUUGUUCGUGUUUUUUAUCCACAAAAACACUGGGCUGCCCCCACCGCCCUGGACUCUCUGAUGAACCCUCUCUUCAGGUUCUUGUCAAUGAACUCUCUUAGCUCCUGCAUCUCUCUGUCUGACAUGGCGUACAGCUUGCCUACAGGGAGCUGUGCUCCAGGGAGUAAAUUGAUUUGACAGUCAAAGGGUCUAUGCGGGGUAGUUGGUCAGCUUCCCUUUCGCUGAAGACGUCACGGAGAUCUGCAUAUUGUCGUGGUACCUUCACGUUCUCCGUUACUUCAGUCCCUGCUAGGGUGGCUUGGGCCCCUGCCAAACCCUUUCCCUCUUUGCAGUGUUCUAAGCAAUGUGCUGAACCAAAAGAAACCACUCUCUGAUGCCAGCCCACCAGCGGAUCAUGUAACGCUAGCCAGCUCAUCCCCAAUAUAAUGGGAGCUCCUCCCAAGGUGGCCACAUUAAAGGCUAUCAGUUCGGUGUGCCUUGCUACCUUCAUUAUCAUUGGGACGGUCUGCAAGCUGACUUCUCCUCCCAACAGCUCCCUGCCAUCGAUCGUGGUCACCUGCAGGGGAUUGCUUAAAGGGAUCGUCUGUAUCUGGUGUUCAGCUGCAAACUCUUUGCUCAUGAAAUUGCAGGAGCUGCCUGAGUCCAACAGCGCCUUUAUCUUUAGAGGGUGUCCGUUUGGCAGCUCUAGCGUCACUUCUAUCACUAGGGCGGGUUUAGGAGGUUCUGGCGUGGGCACUCUCACUGCUCUUUGGCCUGGCUGCUGUGCCCCGACAGUGGCAGCCAGGCGUUGGCUUUUACUUGCUCCGGUAUUUCUUCCUCUCUUCCAUCCACAGCUCCUACCAUCCCUUGCCAUUCCUUCCUCUGGGGGCAGACUCUGGCAAAGUGGCCUGGCUGUUGGCAGAGAUAGCAUUUCCGGGCGCCUUUUCCCUCCUUCUUUCCCCCCUCACUGGGCUUUGAAACUGCGCGCGCGCUGUUCCGAGUUCCAUCGGCUCUGCCGGCGGGAAAGUUGGCUCUGGAAUGUCUGGAAUGCGGACCUCCUUCCAACGAUCCACCUUCCAUUCCAGCCUCUCCAAUGCUCUCGCCUCCUGGCGCGCUCCUAUGGUCAGCGCUGAUUUGGUCAGCUGGUCCAUAGACUCCGCCCUGGGCGCCCGGGAAAGUUCGUCUUUCACAGCCGAAGAAAGCCCUUCUUCAAAGAGCAUUUGAAUGGGUUCCGCCGAUAAGUCCCACCCCAAUCUGUGAACCAGCAUGGUGAACUCAGUCCAGUACUCACGGACAGAUCGGCUCCCUGUUUGCAAGCCAUUAACUGUCUGCGCACCACUCCCUGUUCAAUAUCGCUGGAAAACAUCAGAUCCAUGGCGCGAAAGAACUUCAUCGUGUCCUUUAGGACGUCACUAUUCGCUGCCAUCAGGGGUCUAACCCAGUCUCUCGCACCCUUUUCAAGAUGCUCAAUCACGAAAGCCACUCGUGAUUCCUCAUCAGGGAAUUCAUCAAACUGCAGAUUGAGGGCAUAUUGCAUCUCUGUCCGAAAGCCAUGAUAGUCUUUGGGCUCCCCCCCAAACUUCUGCACCAAUCCUGGUACCUUUCUGACGAGCUGGGUGGCUUUCCCCUUUUUGUCUGCAUCCUGAGCCCUCCUCUCCUCAAGCCUCGCCGUCUGCAUCGCUAGCUGGACCUCCAACACCCGGUACCUUUCUUCCAGGCUUGGACCCGCUCCAGCUCCUGCUUCUCCGGUUCCGGCUGGGUUGCUCAUGAUGCCUUCUCCUGCACAAGCUGCUUUCAAAGACUGUCGGAAUGCUGUGAUGGGAUGAUGAGCUGCUUGUGCGUAAAAUCGUAUCCCCUCAGAGUUUGUUCAAGUCCACAAACCUCUGUCUGUGACGGAGCCCCUCAGACAUGGCUCCUCUAGUCACUAGCUGAUUCCGACAGUGGUUGCUUUCGUAAUCGCUUCCAACAUAAAAGCUCCUUAACGGAAACACGUCUUCUGGACUCUCUGCGUGACAGUUUCCGGCGAGGAGUGGGUGUUCUUACAGGAGGUCCUGAAACCUCCCCACUGUUUUCGCUGGAAGUGUCUCUGAGCCAUCCCUCCAGCUCACUUUCUCUCCCCCUGCUGGUUCCCUCUUCAGCUGCUGAGUCUCUCCCAACCUGUGUGAGCCCUUUCACCUCCCUGCUGGUUCCCUCUUCAGCUGCUGAGUCUCUCCCAACCUGUGUGAGCCCUUUCACCUCCCUUCCGUCCGAUGGCAGUUCCCUGACAGUCAUGAUACUUUAAAACUGACCUUUAGAAUUAUGCUUCAUUGCUGCCAGAACUAGUUUGUGAAAUUCCUCUCUUCUGUUCCAUAAAGACAAGUUACUGCUUGAUCUUAGUCUUACUUCCAUGUGAAUAAUUGUUUAAGCAUGUUUUUCUUCCCCUCUUACUUGGGUUGCCUGUGUUAAGAUGUGUUGGGUACUUCUAAGUACAUGAUUCUCAAAAUGAGAGGUGUUGGUUUUUCUGUUACUUGUCCUGCUGAACUAUUUUUGUACUCUGUAAUCUAGUGUAUUGCUAAUUAGUGCAGCUGCAUUUGUUCUGUUGUGUGUAUAGGCAUUGAUGAUCCAUAGGUGAUUCUUUUUCUCAUUUCACCAUGCAAGCUAUCGAUGGAUAGUUUAUAACCUCUGGAAAGAUUUACUUAGUCAUUAGAGAAAGUUUGAAAGGUUUUAUAAUUAACAAAAGUAAAACAUUAUGAUGACUUUGAGAACUUCUGUUCUGUUUUGUUGUUCAAACCCUAUGGACUUGGACCUUUUUGCGUUAUACCUAGUUGGACUAUAAGUCCAUCUAGCCAAGUAUUGUGUACACUGACUAGCAGCCCUUGCCAGGGUUUCAGACAGGCAACAUUCCCAGCCCUUCCUGGAGGUACUGAGAAUUAAACCCUAAGCAAUUCAGUAUUCAAAGCAGAUGCUCUACUACUGAGCUUCAGCCCUUCCCCAAAAAACUUCCUCUUAAAAGCUUUUGUGUGAGUAUGUAUCAUUCUUGAGGGCUAUAGCUAUGCAAAUAAUUUUUUAAUGUGGCCUUCCCCACCAAUUAAAUCCUAGGAAAUCGAUGAGUAUAUCAGCCAGGCCCGUGACAAGAGUUAUGAAACUAUGAUGCGAGUUGGCAAGCGAGGAUUAAAUUUGGCAGCCAAUGCAGCAGUUACUGCAGCUGCAAAGGUAACUCCUUAUAUACCUAUGUGCCAUAUCAACCCUGUUCCCUUCUGUUGGACUUUUGGUGUCAUAACUCUAUCCCACUUCCCCCCCUCCAUGCUGUCUGCUAAGUUGUUCUUUCAAGUUAGACAUGAGACAAACUCAUCUGCAGCUUGCCAUCUGAUUGGAUUUUAUUCUGAUCCUGAUCUGAUUUUAGGAUGUAUUUUAACUGAUUGCCUGAUUUUAUGUUAAUGUGUUAUACAUUUGAUGUUAGCCGCUCAGAGCCCGGUUUUGGUUGGGGAGGGGGGUAUAAAAAUUAUUAUUAUUAUUAUUAUUAUUAUUAUUACCUGACCCAAGCUGUGUCCCUCUCAUCUAAAUUCUGUCGCGUGUUCUUUUCCAUUGGAAGCUUUUCUGGUAUGUCCUCUGAUGUGUUCUGAAUGGUUCAACUCAUGGGAAUAGUUACAACUAGAAAUUAUGUCUUAAAGGGCCAAGGAGUUUUAUCUGAAAAACUACGGAGUUUCAGCAUGCAGGACUUGACUUUGAUUCGGGAUGAUGACACUGUGCAUUUACGGAGCCCUGAGCCACGCAUGCGUACUUCUGCUACUGGUCAUCUUGAAACUGUUGAUGAUUCAGGUUAACAGCAAUCCAUUCAUAUUAUUUAAUGAGGGCAGAUGUCUAAGAGUUGUGGGCUUGGGGCAAAUAUUGAAGCGUCUAACUUCAGUGGUAGUUAGCUAUGUUUAUGUUUUGAACUUGGAGUGCAUGCACACCUAUAUUUCAUGCAGUACUCACAAUUGCAAUGGACAUGCUGCUUAAAGAAAGAAUUCACAUUUUCCCAGCAGCAAGAUAUUAUAGUUUGGGCCACACUACUCAUGACAGCAGCAGGCCCGUAUUUUUAAAUGUGGGUAUUUUCCAGUAAUAUAUAAAGCAAGGCAUGGAAGCAUAAAAGGAGGUUUCUGUGUUCACAUACACAAAACAACUUCUUUUAUCUUUAUCUUCUAUACCUCUCUGUAAUUUUCAUUCAACCAGUGAUCCUAGCUAGAAGAUAGACUGAGGGAGGGGAGAGGAUGUGUGCAAAGGAAGGGUUUGAUCUCCUCUGCAGCUGGGCACCCCUUCUUCACUUUACACUGCACACCACCAAUCCACACUGGUCUGGAUUGGGGGAGGAACCAAACUCCUGUUACUUUUGUUAAAAGGGGGGGGGUGAAACCCAAUAAAGUGAUUCAAAGAGUCAUUUAAAGACGCAGAGUCUUUUGUCACCUUGACAGUUUGAUUCUCCACAACUUUCCAUAGACAUCUGAAGUCUCCCCUUUUUGGGAAGUUUUUAAUGUCUGAUGUUUCACUGUGUUCUGUUAUAUUCUGUUGGAAGCUGCCCACAGUGGCUGGGUCAACCCAGUCAGAUGGGUGGGGCACAAGUGUGUGUGUGUGUGUAAUAAAUUAUUAGUCGCCUUAGUAUUAGUAUUAUUUAUUUUCUCCUUUCCUUCAAGAACCUUGGCAUCAGAGAUGGUAUUUUCAUUUUCUGCUCCUCCUCCAUAUUAAAAAAUAAGGGGCAUCUCUGUUUUUGGUUUUCUCCUCAGGUGCAUCCUGUUAUUCCUCAUCGGAAGAGAUGACUCCGUCUCAAAGACAUAAUGGGGCCCAGUCUGAUGCCAGAACAGACCCAUCAGAUGACGAUACAGGAGACAAAGUUCCCAAACGGACCCAGAGCCUUAAAGCUCCUAAAAAAGUGACAAAGACUGAGGUGAGCUGGAUGUAAUUGUUUGGAAAGCUUGCAGCUGGAUCGUGCCUCAUGUACAACUUGUGUGCUUCAGCUUGGCACAUAAUCCCUUUUAAUAGCUGCCCCUCCCUUGCAAGUGUGCUUUGCUUGCCUGCCAGAUAUCUUUCACUACAUUUUGAAGUAUUGGACAGGAUUCAACUAAUGGGUCCCAUCAGCAGAAGCCUGUACAAGAACUUCAGCUUGUACAAAAGGGCUUUCUCCCCUGCAUCCCCCAAAAUUGGCUCGGAGGGGAUCAGGAGAAUACCCAGAACUGCUCACGGGAAGGAAAGAGGGAUCAUUCUGUUUGGCAGGCUGAAAUGUUUGCAGUAACAGAACAAUCAGAAGAGUGUGAUGUUGAAUUCCUCCUGUUGUUUCACAUUCCUAUUCUGUCAAUAAUUUAAAUGCCUCUUUAGUAAGAAUUUAAGGCAUUACUAAGGGCUGAAAGUAGAUGUGAUGGCAGUAGCAACUUGUUUGUUCAUUUGCACCAUUGCUAUGCCAAGCAGAGAGUGGAUAGUGUCUCAUUUUUAAAUGAGAAUGUGCAUGACCAGCUGAAUACUUCUUCAUUCAUUUGCUUACCUUCCCAUGCUCUAUUGUCCCCACUCCCCUCUUGCAGUACUGGAAGUUGGCUGAGCUUUGAGAAAGGGCUUGGGGUGUUGGAACAUGGGAAGGAAAGGCAGAGGAGGGGAGAUUCAACUUCCUUCUCUUAUGUACUCCCUUUUGAUGUUAAAGUUGGACUCCCCUGCUUCAUUUGUGAAUGCAUAGGCACAUGAAUGAAUAAACAUGAAUGUGUUACUGCCACAUCUUAUUUGGCACUCAGGAUGCAUCCAGUUUUAUGAGUUUUUGCAUGAUCUGCUGCUGACAUUAGGGGCACAGCCUGCAGACAUUCCAUCAGCUGUUUUUGUUUGGGCUCCACUUCUUGAUUUUUCCAGUGCCAAAAUAUAUUAUAUAGUAUGGUUUUAUGUUGCAAACAACCGGCUCAAAUAAGAUUUUCUGUGUGCGCAGUUUGUUCACAUGUCCACGCAUCCAGUUUUUAAUCUUAGAUUUUUCGUAGGAAUUCCACUGUAUCAGGUCCACGCCACACCUUGAAGAAAUGUUUCCAUGCUGUGGUUUUCUGGCCUCUCCCUUCAAUAAUUGCUCCCUUGUCCUUCAGUAACCUUUUCUGCUCUGGGUAUAUACACAACUAUAUGGGGAUAUCAAUUUUCAUUUUGUUUGUAAAAAUCAAAAUUAAAUUACUAUUUUUAGGGGGAAAGGCCCAACCAAAAAUGCACUAAUGAGCUUCCAUAUAUAUUUCACAUUAAGAGGGAAUUUGGAUUAAAUGUCAAAAAGCAUAGGCUGGCAUUUUGGUGACGACAGUCUCCUGUGGACUGUGCAAAAACACUUGUGUGCAUGGACAGCACCAGUUUCACAAUAAACCUUUAUCUGGAAGCACCCCUUGUUAAAGAGCUAAAAAGUUUCACAUAUUUGACAUUAAUUGAAAUUUGGUGGUGGUCUUGCUGGCCACAUGCAGCACAUCAGGUCAUUUAGUGUAGAGUGCUUUAGCUGUCCUGGCCCCCAGCUAGAUUACAGCUGAUGAUAUAUCAUUGGGUGGCAGGAAUUGGCUGUGGCUGGCUUCCUUCAUGAAGUUUUGGGUUGUAUCUGAAUCAAAGGUUUCCUACACAUCUGGACAUGCCUUCAAGAGUAGCUGAAAUGAUACUGGUUAUUCAGUUUGAUUGCUCAGGUUCUGUUUCUGGAAAUAAUUUUGAAGGAGCUGGUAAAGAGCCAGGAAAUGGCCGUGUAGGAGAAUAACCUAUUUUAUUUGAGUGCCCUCUGCUGACUGCUUUAUAGGUUUGUUUUAUUUUUUUGUCAUUUUCUGUUAGUGCUACUGUACCAGAAGUAUUUCUUAUUCUGAGGUUACUAAUUGAAUUGAUUCAUUAAUAGAAUUACAGAAGUAAGAGGGCUUAAAAUUGGAUAGCAAUCAGUUCCUUUUGUUCUGGAAGCAGGAGCUCAGGGAAUGAUCUGAGGUCUCAGCAAAAAUUUCAUCAAAGCUCUUUCUUUUUUUAAACUCCUUCUCCUGCAACUAGUUUCAUGUUAUUUCUCUCCUCUCUUGCUUUCCAGCCCCCACAAAAGACUGUCAAAGCCCGUCCCAAGAAGAAAGUUACAGGUUCCAGUGCUGCUGGCGAGUCAGCCUAAGGACACCCCAGCCUGUCUGUCCUAGGGCUCUUCAGACACUUUGAUGAGCACUCUCCAAGGAAAGGGAGCUGAGAUCAUGUACAUAACAGCUACUGCUUUGUAGAGCUCAUUCCAAGGCAAGAGGGUGACUGAAAUUUGGCACACAGAUUAGAGGAUGGCCAUCCUCAGGAAUUAUUUACACUUCAUCUCUGUGAUGAAGAGAAUGCUAAUCUGUCUGUACAUAGCCUGUUGUUUUGGGAUUCCCUCUCUGUGCGUAACCCUAAUAGGGAAACUCUUUGCUGGAACAACACUUCAAUUAGGGUUAGAGCCAUCUUUGACAGAGAGGCUGGAAGAAGAAAAAAUCAAGACGGGUGCCACUGAAAUUCUAAUUGGAGGUGGGGAGCUCCCCAAUAAUAUUUCAGCAUUUCACUGGUUGUCAUGCUGUAGCUGCUGUGGGGAAUUGUUAGGAAGUGCCUGGAGCAAAGUGACUGGUACUGAGGGAAAGUGUUAUCUAAACUCAUUUGGGCAGAAGCAAGAGACAAAAGUGUAGGUUUGCUUGGUGCUUUGCUACAUGGGCAACUGCUUGCCUGUGGGAUUGGGUAAAGUGGUGUUUUUUGCAGGGAGUCUGCAGAUGUUUGGGAGAGGGGUGGAAGGUGAGAAUGCAAGCGGCUGGCUUCUUUACCACUAUCUGGUGCCUAUUUCUAAGCAGCCUCUUUUGCUUGGUUGGAAGUGUUUUAACUCUGCUCAUGGUAGAUGUUGCGAAGGUAGAACUAUUUGCAUGGUUUUUUUCAAGUAGAAUAAGGCUGGGAGGAAGGUGACGAAGCUAAGAGGACCACGUUUGGAGCAGGGGGUGUGAGGAUGCCUCGGCACAAAUCAGUCUCUCCAAAGAGUUGAAAUCCUGAAUAGCCACUGUCUAAGAACCAAACACUUUGGCCCCCUGCUUCAGAGUUGCCUUUAUAUUUUACAGGUCAGUCUGUUUUCUGUAAGAAUUGUUUGGAAAAGGCAUGUGUAUGGAAGAAGCUGGAGGAAAUAUGGAUGGUACCUUAAGUUUCUGCUGUGUUUUUAAUUAUGCUUUAUUUGCACUGGCAAUAUAAGGUUGGAGCUCGAUCAGUGUAGCCUGAUAAGUAGGCAAAAAGUAGCAACCCUUCUUGGAGCUUUUCUGGCAUUUUGUAAUGAGGUAAGUAAGUGAUGGGACAUUCCUAAAUGAUUCCAUGGGUGGAUAAGGUAUAACGUUACUUGGCUCUCAGGAACUACUCAUUUCUGCCACCACUGACUUCCAUCAUUCCCUUUUAACUCUGGUUACAUUUUGGAGGCAAUAUUAUUUAGUGUCUGAGGCUAUCAUAGAAUUGUAGCAUUGGAAGGGACCCUGAGGAUCAUCUAGCCCAACUCCUUGCAGUGCAGGAAUAUGCAGCCGUCCCAUACAGAGAUCAAACCUGCAACCUUGGCAUUAUUAGCACCACUCUCUAACCAUCUAGCAUUCUGUGAAAAACCGAAUUCAGUUUUGUAUCAUGCUCCAAUCAAAUGGAUAGAUAAAUAAUGAUAAACAUUUCUGUUCCAGACAGUUUAACAUAUACAGAUGACUGUCCUGAUCUAGGACUAUAGUGCAGGGAUACUGAGACACAUAGUAUAUAGAUAAACCCUGCUGUUCUCUAACCUAGCCCUUUAAUAAAUUAUCCAACUUCUGAAUAUGUGCCAAAGCCACUAGUCUUUUAAACAGUGGAGCAAAUAUAUGAGAUCUAACAGUGCUGGAAACAAAUUUCAGUUACCCUUAUCUACUAUAGGUUAAUGGCAAAUUGGGCUGAUGUUGGGUAUGCAACAUGGCCACGCAGCUGCUUCACUAUGCAGUUUAAAUCCUGAUUUUUCACUACAGGCUGACAUGUACUGCUUCCUAAAUAAGUUUUUUAAGAAGCUAACCUCCAUUGAGUUCUGUGAGACUGCUUCCUAACCAGUGUACUUUAGGAUUGCACCUUUAGGCACAUUUUUUAAUUUGUAUAGCUUCAGAGCAGAGAAGGCUUAUCAUUAAGAUUACAUAGUUGAAGAGACUCCCUUUAUCGUCUUCCAAAUCAGUUACAAACCUGCACUCGUGUGCAGUACUUCUCUUCUGGAUACCUGAUAGUUCAGCCUCUGCAAGUACAAAGAAAAUGAAUCACAGCAUUUUUGCCAUUCUUUUUGGCAGCGGCUGUUUAAUGCCAAAAAAUUGGCAAGCUAUAAUUACAAAUUACAUUUUGUAAUUUGUCAAGGAUGCAGACCCUAAAUCUCAGAUUAGGUUUUUACUAUUUGGAAGGUACUUUGGUUUGCUGAGUGUGAGAAUGUAGAAACAUACUGCACUUUUUACCCAGCUGAUCCCUCUCUCCUAGUACCAUGCAAUUAAUCUUCAGUAGUUUUGUUUGAAUCAAGUAUGGGUUUACAUGUGCAAUGGCUGCACUUCCUUAUGCUUGGAAUAUGUAUGACUGGGGAAAGUGCAUUUGAAUGCUGGGCUGGCUGUAAGUGAGACAUUUGUAUUGCUGUAGUAUAUGAAGGGGAAAGCCUUUCUGUUUCACAGAGAAAGCAGCACUACUUGUAUCAACUUGCUUGCUUUUAUCAACUUGUGUUUCAGCAGCACACUGUGGUUGUUGCUUGUAGAUACUGCCUUGUGUUUUUUACAGCACAUACAUCAAACUCUUCCCAGCAUCCUUUGUAUGAGGAAGUACUUUUGCAUAGAAGUUGAUAAACUGGAAUCAGGGUUAGCACUUCUCCUAGAAGUGUGCACAGUUUUUCAGCAGUGCUUCCAGUGAAGUAUAAGGAUGGGAUGAUGCUGAAUAACUUGAGCCCAUUCCCAGAGAUGCUUAAGUCCUGAGGCAGUUUCUACCUUUUCAUAUUAGCCUGGUCUGCUUCUCAGUCCCCAUCUUCUCACCACAUCCUGUUGGGUCAGUUUUAAUUGUAGUCCAAUUGGGUGUUUUACUUUUAUUAUACUUAUAAAAGUAUUUCUAAACCACUGGCUCAUAAGAAAAUAUCAGGAUGGUGUGCAAUGUGUAAGUAUUCAAACAAUCUAAAAUACAGAACAAUUGACCUACACUGAAUCAGAUUAAUCCUCUGAAAACAAUUGUCAUAAAAGAAACGUUUUCAGCAGGCAACAAAAUACCUAAAUUGUUAGGCGUCUGGUUUUUGUUGGUUUGCUUUUGUGUAACACCAUGUGGUCUUUUCAUAUUUGUGUCCCUUAAUUAUUUUAAAUUUCCUAUCAGUUUUAUGUUUAAGAACAUCAUUAUCCUGCAGCUGGGCUUCAUAUUCAGCUUGAUGAUCAAAUAUAUAUGGGAACCUGCCAGAGGCCCAAUAAACUUAUUUUCGAUGCAUACUUCAGGCUGCAAAAAUUGAGUCAGAGGUUAGAUAGCUGGCAGGCCCUCGUAUAUGGCUGGUGGGCUGCAUUUGGUCUGGUGGCCUAUGCUGCACACACCUGUCAUGGGACAUAAUAUUCCACAUGUUACCCUUCUCGGUUGUUCUUCAUAGGAUAGUUUCUAAGAUCUUGAUCCAUUUAUUUACUGUUCUGUCAAAUAUGGGAGGAAACAGAGUGACUCAAGAUACUUCACAUGACUGCUUUUUCCCUACUCCCUUUUUCUAUACCAUGUAUUAUUUUAUACACCUCCGUAAUAUCUCCCCACUUUUUCUCCCUUUUUUUGAAACAAAAGCUCCAAAUGCUGUAAUAUUUUCUCAUAUGGCAGUUUCUCUAGCCCCUUGAUCAUUUUAGUUGCCCUUUCCUGCACCUUUUUCAACUCCUAUGCUACAGUCCCAACAAAAAUACCCCCCACUCAGCUGCUGUUUGGCAUGGGAGGAAAGCUUCUGUUGGCAGCAGUGAGAACUCCCCUCAUAUGCCAAAUAGCUGUUUUCCCCCCUGGUGAGGGCAGGUAUCGGAACUGCAGUGUGGAAGAAAAGGGUUAAACCUCCUCCCCAUGCACCUGAUCCUGACCAGUGGUUGCUAUUUACAAUCUUUGGAGCAGGAGAUAUGCAGGAUGUUAAACCAUGUGAUUAACAUCAUGUGUAGCUGGCCCUUGGGUAGCCUGUUUAACAAUUCAUGGGGGGAGGGGAUGAUAGAGCUCCUUGAAUGGAGAUUUUCCUCUCUAUUGGCUGCUAUUAUUCUUAAGAGACUUUAUCACAAUAAGGCCAUGAUCCUAUGUACACUUGCUUGGGACCACUAAACAUCAUAAGACUUAUCUCUAUGUAAACAUUGUAGGGUUGUGCCAUUAAUGGCUCUGUGAUGAAAGAGUCUGAUAUUGAGACUAUCAUAGGACAGAUCACCAUAUAAAUAACAUGGUAAUCUGAAUUCUUUUCUUUAACCUCUCUUUACCUCUUAUGUGCUAGGAAGUCCACGAUGGAAGAAUUCAGAACUUGUUUUUGGUCAGGUGCAAAAUUGAAUUGCCACUUAGUCAGUUUUGCAGUUUUUUCUACAAUCAAGCAUUGUAUAAAUUUUAGGAAAUAAAUAAAUAAACUUCAUUUGUAGUACAGAAAACCUUGGAUUUAGGGUGUGGUAAGAAUGUGCUCCUAUUUCUGCAUCCUUCCCACAGUCUGGCUUUGCUGUUGUGUUUUGGUUUGUAAGAUUAGAAGAGUAACAGCAAGAGAACCCAUGCAGCUAGCAGAAAGCUCUAAUAAUGCUGCUCUUCAGAGGCAGAAUAUAGCUGGAAAAGACUUUUAUCAUGAAAUCUGGGCUCUUCCCCAUUCCAGGCAAGAGUGUCUUUCAACACUGUGUAGCGCUGAAAUGUUUCUUGUUUCUCCAGGAACUUGGGGGGGGGGGGCUUUUGUUUUCCUUUUCUUGUGUUGUCAUGUUUGACAUGGUAUUUAGAACCUCUUUGGGAUAUUAUCCUUGCACCAGGACAACAGCUGGUGUUAUCUGAUGGCCUUCUCUUCAACCAACAUCUGUUGAAGUGCCAACUCCUAUUGGUUGAACCCUUCUCUCUCAAAUGUAAGCAAAUACAAGCCUUGAAGUUUCACAGAGCCUUUCCAUUGUGAGCAGCUUGCUUACUGACUAGUCACUCCUCUGUCACUGUUCUUACGUAGAUCCAGUUCUUCAGCAACAGCAGUCUGUGUUUGCCUCCUUUCAUCAGGAUUCUUUUAAUCUGAGCUAGCCUUAGUACUUGCAUUCUCUGAUUUCUGCUGUGUAAAGGGGACAGUGCUGCUGUCAUUCUUUUGCAGACAUUCGCAGUGACUGAUUUGAAUUUGCAUGGCAGGUCUGGAGCAAAGCCAAGAAACGGAGACUCAUUAUGUUGAAUGCCAGCCAUUUCCCUUGUUUGUUGAACAGGCAGCAGUAGACCUGACAAGGAUAGGACGCUAUACCAGUGUAUUCCCUUCUGCCUGCUAGAGGAACAGCAGUCAGUCAGUAAGAAGUGGACAACAAGAUUGGGUAAAGCAAUCUUAUUUAAAGGUCUUAAUCCUGCUGCCCAGUCAGUCAGAUCCUUGCCAUCAUAGUUCACUUACAGCUGUCACUGGCAGCUCCAGUACCUCUUCGGCCACUGUGUCAAGUCUUCAGUGAGUAUACUGGCUGAGGGUAAGCAAUAGCUUUUCAGAGAACAGGAGGCAACAUUUUGGAGUGACCAUUGCCUAUAUGACAUACCCUCUUCUUCUGAUCUCUGGUCAAACUAGUUUUGCAGACUUUGUAGCAUUUCAAGCGGUCUAGGGGAAGUUGAAGCAACCUCUUAGCAGAAGAAACACUAAAUAUGCCCAUUUUAAUGUGACCUCUGUAGAAACAACAUUCGUUAUAAGGAAAUGACACUCUUUCAGAGCCUGUUCUACCAUUAGGCUAAGUGGGGAUACUUCAUCAGAAAGCAGAUUUUGGGUGUCCUGGAUUUGCAACUAAUUUUUACUUCUAAUUUAUUAUUGUAUUUUGACUGCCAAGUAGAGGUGAUUGUAGGAUUUUGUGUCUCUGGUGAAAAAAAUAACUUGGUCAGCCUUGGGUACUGCACACUUUGUUUGGGUUGGAGGGUAUCUGCUGUUCCACCUCAGGCAGCAAAAUAGCUUGUGCUGAGGGAAAAAAAUAUUUUGUUCUUAUAAAAAAUAAAUGUCCCCUUAGGAGUGAAAUGGGCUAGAGCAGAAGAUCGGGUCUAGUCAGCUUUACUCCUGCUUGGGCUUGUAGGGGACUGUAGGAAGCUGCCUCUGUCAGGAGUUAGACUCCAAAUUGAAUAAACAACUUUUCCCUUCUCAGCAGGGCUACCUUCCUCCCCACAUGUUGUUUUGUGCUGUUGUCAAGCUGCCAGUGUUAGUAGCAUUAAAAAAGGGGGGGGGACUGCUUGCAUUGCUCCAGAGAAAGAAUAAUCCGUACACAGCAGCUAUCUAUACACUGGUGGAAGGAUGAAGAGUAUCUUGACUUAUGAACAAGGCAGGACAGGACAGGGUGCUGUUAAGCAAAUGACUAGAGGAGGUCCUCCCACAGGAUUUAUGUGACUAAACUGAGAAAAGGAAAGGGGAUUUCCAAGGAGAUGGGAUAAUAGCCAGUUAUUCUCAGGAUCUGGUGAGACUCCAAGGAUGAGUCAGCUACAUGAACUAAUAGAAACAUAUCAGUAGGCAAUCUGAGUGAAGCCAUUUCCUUGUCUUACUGAGAGAGAUGAGCCCAGCUGCUCACCCUCAACCUUAUCAUGUUUUGCAGUUUAAUGGGAAAUGAAAAGCUCCUCCACCAUAUUGUAUCUACCAAGGUAUUACUUAAGAAUACUGACUAUGCUAAGACUGCCUGUUGAGAUCAGAUAGAUGUUCAGGAAACAAUUCAUCCUGGAUGCUGCACCAUUCUUUGUACCCACCUUACUGGGAGCUGCUGUUUUCAGACUUGGAUUGUCACCUGCAUCUUUCAUCUUGUAGUGAGCUCUUCACGGUACCGCUCUGUCCAGCACAAAUUAUUUCACUAGCCCUGAAAAGAUUGCCCCAUGAUCUCUUGCUUCCCUAGGAGUCCAUGUUCCGUCUCACUGGAAUUUAUUCAGAAACAUGCAUCUCCCCACCACCACCUCAUGAAUAGAGGAUGUUCACAGUCAGGGGCACCUCUUAAGAAGGAAGCUAUGUACCUCAGCACCCCCCCCCAAAAAAAAACCUAUUUCCUGCUGCCUUGCAGAAAAAUCAUUGAUCUCCUAUGGAGAGAACACACAGUUCUCUUUUAUCGCUGGAUAUGAAGAUGCUGUAUUACAGAAAAAAACUUAGCCCUGCUCUGUUCCACCCUCUUAUCCCUGUUCUCUUUUAAGUGGCAGUCUUGUUACCUGGUUGAGCCAUACCAUAUUGUAGCCAUUGUGCAAAUGCUCUGGAAUCUGUGCUUACACUUCAGGCACCUGUAUCAGACUCUGGGAGUCUGGGUGUCUUGUUACGUAUCAGUGUAAGUAUCCCAGAGCCUCUGUGUACAUGCAUUCAUCAGUAUUACUUUGUGAACCCUAAGUAGUAUUUUAUCUGGUUUUUUCAGGCUCUUGGUGACUCGCAAAGGCUCAUGCUAGAUGACCUUGUAUAAUUUUACUCUACCAGAACAAAUUGUUGUUAUUCCUACUUAAGCCCUUUAUAAAGUUGUGAUCUAGUAAGAAGAGGUAUCUAACAUAUAUUUGGGAACAGAUUGCAUGGUUAUUUGAGUGUUUUUACACUUUAUGUACUAACUGAAAUCAUAUCACAUGAAAGGUUGAGGAGAGCAACACCAAUUGCAUUAAAGGUUUGUUUGAAGGCCAUGGAAUGUACGUCAGUCAAUCAACUGGCCUCCAGCACAGCUUCUGCACCAUUUCUCACUAGGUAGAUCAUGACUAUAUUCUGUGUCUCUUCCUGUUUUUUCACCCCAAGCAGGCCUUGAAUUCUCUUCAUUAGAAUAUUUGUCACUUCAGGACAAUGGUGGUUGAAUUUCCUCCUUCCUCAAAAGAGUAUCGUAGCUGCAGAGAGGUUGCAGCCUGGGACCCAAGUAUUGGGACCAGUGGGACCAAAUGCAGUAGGAUUCCAGAGGAGAAAAAGUUUACAGCAGCCACCUGAGACUGUGAAAUUGACCUUUCCUGGAAAUUCUCUGGCCUGGAAGAAUGAACUUUGAUGUUAGACCUUUGAGAAUUACAGAUAUUUGAACAAGUGUUUGUAGCAAAGUCCAGUAUCAAAGCUGCUACUGUUUUAUUUGCAAUGACAAACUGGAAUCAGAAAUAAUAUGGAAUGUAGACAAAUAUAUAUUGGCCUCUUGUCUCUUUAAUUUUUUAAGUACAGUAAACACGAAUCUUUCCCCGUUCUUGGAAGGGCUGUUCGUAACUUGCUUCCUUCCACCAAUUAUUGUAUUGUAUUGUGUUGUGAUUUCAGAAUUUGGGCUCUUUCUUUCAGGAAGCUACUUCCACACUGGAAAUAUGCCAAAGACAAGUUGUUCAAAAUGAGUAAUCAACAUUGAUUUAUGAAUGUUUUUGCUCUUUUACACAGAAAAUAGGGAUAUGUGAGGAGACCAUCUUUCCCUGCCACUAUUUUCUAUUUUCUAUGAACAAAAUUGUUCAUAGGGCUUUCAUAAAGAUUCCAAGCAAGAGCUCUCUUUUCAUGACACUUUUCAAAUUCUAUAAAUCAUGUACUAAUAAAAAAAAUCCAAAGCUUUACAUAUAGUAUGAAUUUUAUAACUUGUGAGCAUUGCCAUUGACUAUUUUUAUAUGUCUGUUGAUUCAACAGAAAGGCAAGAGGCAAUAUGUCCCAAGUUUGUUCUUCCCAUAGUCCAGUGUUGGCUAACCUUUCUUUGGCUGAGGGCCACAUUGAGGAUUGUCCAAGUUUCAAAAAGCUCCAUGCCAGCGGUGGGUGUGGCCAAAGUACUUUAACUUUCUUAUGGACAUGCACUUGCACAUAGAAAGCACUCAUGCACACAGUAUAUUCCAAAAGGUGUUUCAUAUGUUGCAUAUUGCUUUUUACAAAUAUACACCCCCCAUUUACAAGUCUUAAGCUUCACCUCUGAGUCUAGCAUCUGAAUGUUGCUGUUUCUGCAGCUGCUACAGGCAAAAGAUCUGCAGCACCCUAGUGUAUGACUGCCAUCAUUUUCUCUUGUAUAGCAACCCUGAGUUGGGGCCCAGUCAAAGUGCUUUUCCAUGCUAGGCUAGUGCCUGGAACGGAAACAGUCAAGAAAUAUCCUGACAAGAUGUUCUAGCUGUUCAAAUACUUUGACUAUUGAACUUGAUUGUUAUUCUAUUGUACAUCACUUCUAAGCCAUUGCCUUAGCAUGCAAAAAUGGUCAUAAGGUCUACUCACAACAGUUCCCAAACAUUUUCCCAGAAUGCCUAAAGUGGAAUUUUGGUUUAAAAAACAAACAAACCCCAUAGUGAUCCUGAAUUCAGCCAUUCCACCAGUUUAUUAAGUGUUUAUAGGUCACCCCAUAACAAAAUUCUGAGGGCUGUUCAU